GGCGCUCGCUCCCUCGCCGGCGUCCCCUCGCCUAUAUAUAGUUUCCCCGCCCCUAUUCCGUCUCCCGACCACUGGCCGGCCGGGCGGCACCGCCAUCGGAGUACGUACACACGUCCUGCUGUCCCGCAUGCCACCGGCCGGGGGAGAAAACCAACAGCCAAGCCAAGCCCACAUUGUUUCCGCAGCUAGGUAGAGGGGCAAAGGAGGAGUAUAGCGGAGAGGUUGAUGCGUGACGGAGGAGGCGCCAUGGACGUCGACAUGCAAGCCCGCGGUGGCGGUGCUAGCCAUGGCGGCGAACUUGACGACGACGGCAAGGAGAAGAGGACAGGGACGGUGUGGACGGCGUCGGCGCACAUCAUCACGGCGGUGAUCGGGUCCGGCGUGCUGUCGCUGGCGUGGGCGAUGGCCCAGCUGGGCUGGGUGGCCGGGCCUGUGAUCCUGCUGCUCUUCGCGGCCAUCACCUACUACACCUCCUGCCUCCUCACCGACUGCUACCGCUUCGGCGACCCUGUCACCGGGAAGCGCAACUACACCUACACUGAGGCCGUCGAGUCCUACCUAGGCGGCAGGUAUGUCUGGUUCUGCGGCUUCUGCCAGUACGCCAACAUGUUCGGCACCGGCAUCGGCUACACCAUCACGGCUUCUGCCAGCGCUGCGGCUAUCCUCAAGUCCAACUGCUUCCACUGGCACGGGCACGACGCCGACUGCACCCAGAACACGGGCUCCUACAUCGUCGGCUUCGGCGUGGUGCAGGUCAUCUUCAGCCAGCUCUCAAACUUCCACGAGCUCUGGUGGCUCUCCGUGCUCGCGGCCGCCAUGUCCUUCUGCUACUCCACCAUCGCCGUCGGGCUCGCCCUCGGCCAGACCAUCUCAGGUCCCACGGGCAAGACGACGCUCUACGGCACGCAGGUCGGGGUGGACGUUGGUAGCGCGGAGGAGAAGAUAUGGCUGACGUUCCAGGCUCUCGGCAACAUCGCGUUUGCCUACUCCUACACCAUUGUUCUCAUUGAAAUCCAGGACACGCUGCGAUCUCCGCCGGCCGAGAACAAGACGAUGCGGCAGGCGUCGGUCCUGGGCGUGGCGACGACCACGGCGUUCUACAUGCUGUGCGGCUGCCUGGGCUACUCGGCGUUCGGCAACGCGGCGCCGGGUGACAUCCUGUCGGGCUUCUACGAGCCCUACUGGCUGGUGGACUUCGCCAACGUCUGCAUCGUGAUCCACCUCGUGGGCGGCUUCCAGGUGUUCCUGCAGCCGCUGUUCGCCGCGGUCGAGGCCGACGUGGCGGCGCGCUGGCCGGCCUGCUCCGCGCGGGAGCGCCGCGGCGGCGUCGACGUGUUCCGCCUGCUGUGGCGCACCGCGUUCGUCGCGCUCAUCACCCUGUGCGCCGUCCUGCUGCCCUUCUUCAACAGCAUCCUGGGAAUCCUCGGCAGCAUCGGCUUCUGGCCGCUCACCGUCUUCUUCCCCGUCGAGAUGUACAUCCGCCAGCAGCAGAUCCCGCGGUUCAGCGCCACGUGGCUGGCGCUGCAGGCCCUCAGCAUCUUCUGCUUCGUCAUCACCGUCGCGGCCGGGGCUGCCUCGGUACAGGGCGUGCGCGACUCGCUCAAAACCUACGUGCCCUUCCAGACCAGGUCGUGAUGAGCACUGCACGUACGGUCCCAUAUGUAGCUCAAAAACUUAAUUACGUGCUCAUCAAGCAGUCAGGCUCCUUCAUUCAAUUCCAAAGCAGGAUUAAUUUGGGAUACGUGGCUUAAUUAUAUUGGUGUGUUUGCGAUGGUAUGGUACGAUGGGUAGGAGCAGAUCCUCUUAGGCGUGUUUCGCAAUCCUCCUCCAACAUUAUUGUAAAUAUGUGAAUGAUU